AUGACUAUUUUGCAAACAAAAUUAUUAAAUUGGCAUUAUCCUUUAAUAUUAUUCUCUUUAUCAUUUUGGCUCCUUGCAAGAUUUUUCUUAUUUAAACUAAGACUAUUUAUAUAUCAUAAGCAGCUGUCCAAAUUCAUCUGCUGCAAACAAUUAUUAAGAUUAGCUGACAUUUUUAUAUGGAAAUCAAUAAAAUCUCUCACUAAAGAAGAAAAAAUAAAGGUUGUAUUAAGACUGAGGAGUUUAUAA